AUGGCCGCCCAGCCCACCUCGCACUUGGUUAGACGCUUGACCAGCCCCCACCACCACCCGACUCGCCUCCCUUCGUUGGCGCUCGCUCUGCCUGCCAUCGCUCCAUUUGCCCCACUUGGUCUCCGUUGCGCCUCCGCCUCCGCUUCCUCGUCCUCCUCUCCCUCCGCAGAUCCCCACCCUUACCUCUCCCAACUAGGUGGACGAGGUCCCAACCCCACCUAUGGCUCCGGAUCGACCGCCGGACCCCACCUAGGUCCUUUCCCCCUCCCUCACGACACCCGCGAAGCCCAAAUGCGAGCCGCGAAAGCCAAGUGGGCCGAGCUAGGCACCGGAGAAAAGAUCGGCGUCGUUUCCGUAUGGACUGGAUCGGGUUUGGUCGUACUCGUCGGCGGCGGGUUGGCAGUUGUGGUGUUGUGGUCGACGGGGAGCGAGUUGUGGUCCGAAGCGAGCCCGACGAGGAUCUUUGAGGAUGCGACCGAGAGGGUAAAGCAGUGCCCCGAGGUACGUCUGCGCGGCUUCCCAGUUCGAACGGGUCCGAUUGAAAAUAUUCUAACUCUAUCGCAUCCCACCCCAAUAGUUGCAAAGCGUCCUGAUCGAACCUUUUUCGUUCCACGGCGCCAACUCGUCGAACCGACUCCGGCGUAACCGGCGGAUAUCCCCUCAACUUUCGACCGACCCUCAAACCGGCCAAGACCUCAUGCGUAUCCGAUUCUGGGUCCAGGCCCACGACCCGAUAAUGGACCAAGAGGCGUGGUGGCCUUGGAUCAAACGCUUCGUCUCGGUUGCAAUUUGGCAGGACUCGACUCAGCCCGAGGCGUUCGUCACUCGGGAUGAGAAGAGGGCCGAAUUGGAGGAAAUGAGAAAUUUGCAAAUGGAGAAGGAGAAGAAACCUGUUGGGUGGGGUGAAUGGAUCGUUGGGGGCAUGUCGAGCGCUCUCAAGGGUUUGGUCCCGAGGACAUCAACCGCUCCCAACGCAGCUCAGAAUGGGACGAGUGGGGCCGCUUUGUUCAAAAGAGCGAGGAAACCCGACUUGGGCGAAUGGAGUACGGCUGAAGUCGUGGCCGAGCUGAAAAAGGUGACAUCUUCCCGUACCCAUGCAAGUUGAGGAGGGAAACUGAUACUAGGGUCGAUCCGGUCGAUCUCACAGGAUCCGACCACGGGUGCUUUCGUCUACCAAUCGCUGACUGCCUUUGUACCAGGUUCGUUUCGGUAAGAUUACCUGAUACUCUCAUGUCCGCAACUGAUCUUCCUCUUGUGCAAUUGAUUCGCAGACACUCGGCAUCCGAACAAGUACCGCAUAGACAUCCCCACGGCCGUCGUGGGCGAACCGACGAGAGGGCUCAACCGGCUACGAUUCUGGCAUCGGACAAAGACAGUAGCUACCUGA